ACAUAUUGAGUAGUAAAAGCAGUAGGGAAGUAACUAGAACAUGGAUUGUUGAUAAGGUUCGGCCUGUUGGAAGAAACAACAAACCUGAUAUAAUAACGUCGAAUCGUUCUUAAUUAAACAGUCAAUACAAUGAUUUUAACUGUAAAACCACUUCAAGGAAAGGAGUGCAACGUACAGGUCACAGAAGAUGAAAAAGUAUCCACUGUGAAAGAACUGGUGUCUGAACGUCUGAAUAUACCUGCAAAUCAGCAGCGAUUGCUUUACAAAGGGAAAGCCCUUGCAGAUGAACACCGAUUGAGUGAUUAUUCCAUUGGGCCAGAGGCCAAGUUAAAUUUGGUGGUUCGUCCUGCGGGGGAGAGGAGUGGUGUGGCUGGGAUGGCUAGCAGUAGCAGUGCUGUUGGUGGGGUGUGGCAGACUCUGUCCACUGUCCUGGCGAAGCAUUUCAGUCCUGCAGAUGCAGCUAAAGUGCAAGAACAACUUGUCAAGGAUUAUGAACGUUCACUUAGGCAACUCAGCAUGGAUGACAUUGAACGCCUGGCUGGGCGACUGCUUCACCCAGACAGUGAGGGUAUGGACACAUCGUACAUGGAUUGAAGGCCUACCUAUCUGACAUGACAGUAUUCUGGCGAUUCCCAGAGGAGCGGUGGGUCAAUUUUGACAGAUUAUGGCAGGGAAGCUGCAGUGUAAAUUGACUUCAUGCUGAGAAUCCCCGGUGUCAGCCUGAUAAAGGUUUAAUUGUACAGGGAUUAAAUGAACUGUUGACUAUGGUCUUAUUGCAAAGCUUCCAGAUUACAGCCUGGCUUAAUUAUUAUUUUCUUUGUUUUCUUCAGUCAUUCCAGUUCAAUUAAUAUGAUAUUUUCACUUGAUCAAAUCAAGACUGCAAUGAGAGCCAAUCCCUUUUGACUGUUGGUCUAAAGUUAUCUGUGGCUGCUACAUCAUGCUACAAGAGGACACUGAGUAAUUAUGGAAGUUCUUAUUUAUAAGCAAUGUGUUUGAAAUGAGUGAUGGUAUGUUUUCUGUAAACUAUCUGUAAGAAGGUGAGUGGUGCCUGUCUGUUCAGCCAUUUGCAGCCAUUGUAUGAUUUGUAAAUAUUGUGUUUAUACAAGCAUUAAAAAAAGAAAGUAACUGUU